CUGAGUGCCAUGACAGCUGGUGCAGGUGUGAUGUUGCCCUGGCAUGUGUGAUCCCCACAUCUCUUCCGGAGGGUGACGAGCCAGACGGUAACCCCUGUAGCGCCAUGGCUGAGGUGCUGGGACAGAGGAGCUUGUUGGGAUUUGGUGUGGUACUGGCAUGGCUGGUGCUGUUUCACCUGCUUGUCAACAUCUGGCUGCUGUGUGUGUUCACCAGCCUGCUGGUGGUGCUCGGUGGUUGGCUUGGCUCACAGGCUGUCCUGGAGUCCAACAGUGUGGUUCACCUGGAGAGGUUUAUCACACUGGAAGAGGUUCCACCCACUGUGGAGGAUGAGGAUGACUUGGACCAAGAGAUCCACAACACAGUGAGGAAAAUCAUACGGGACUUUGUCUCCUCCUGGUACUCAACGGUGUCCUCUGAGAGUGCGUUUGAAAUGGAAGUUCAAGAGGCCAUGAUCUUUAUGGCCAUGGAGCUUAAAAUGCGUGCAAGACGGCUGGACAGAAAGGAGCUGACCCAGAGGAUCCUGAACCUGUUUGGCUGCCACCUGCAGGACUACCUGAGAGCCAAGGAGCUGGUGACCGAGCAACAGAUGCCUCAGAAGUGGAGCGGUGAGAGUGAGCAGUUGUGGAAGGCAUAUUCCAGGACUACCACACCUCAUCCUGCCAUGACCAGCGAGGCAGAGGAAGUCAACUACACCAGAGCACUGGUGGAUAUGCUGCUGCAUGUUUUGGUGCCAUCGCCCCAUUUAGAGACCCGCACCGGACGCUUCGUUGUCGGGGAGCUCAUCACAUGUAACGUCAUGCUCCCUCUCAUUGAUAAGCUGUCCGACCCUGACUGGUUAAACCUUCUCAUGAUCGAAAUAUUCGGCAGGUCCGGCAAACUGCAGGAGACAAUCAUAGCAGAGCCACCGACUUCAGCACCACCACUGACACCUCCUCCUGCUCAAACAGAUAUCCCUCCACAACAAGAGACUUCCUGUGUGAGUCAAAAGAAUACUGAAGUCCCCUCACCGAAAGUGGAGACUGAAACAGUUAACGAUGCAGAGACGGUCACACCAGAACUUGCUGCCUAUGAAGUGAUUGACUCAGAAGAGGUGGACUGUCCACAGAACAUUGAAGAAGAAGAACCUACUCAACCCUUUCUAAGGCAUUACACGAGAGGAAGCAAGUCAAACCCAUUUUACCAGGAAAACGACUCUGACCUGGAUUCUCCAUUGGCUGAUUAUAAACAGAGUUCCACUGAUUCCCUGGUCAUGAUAGGCCAAGAGGAAAGCCUGUAUGACAGACAGAAGGAAUGUGCCUCAUCUGUUGAGAACAAGAGCGGCAUUGACUUGGAGGACAUUUGUAGUACUCCAGUGGAUGGCUCUUGCCCUAAAGUCCUGGUGAAUUCAGAACCAGCAGAGCAUCUGAAUGGCUGCGGCUCUUCAUUGGAAGGGACAGCAGAGGGGACUCCUGGUAUCAGCAGCCUCCAAAACAUGGAGAGGGAGGGUAGUUCCCCUUCAGCAAACCCAGCCAAAGACCUUCCUCUGGGUGUGGAACCGACUGGGCUCGGGAACCCCAAUGAGCUGACUAUUGUCAGUCCAUCGCAGAGCACUUCCCCCAUGGCAGCAUUCAGUUUUGAGCCUCUCAGCAGCCCUGAUGGACCGGUCAUCAUCCAGAACCUUCGCAUCACUGGCACCAUCACAGCUAAGGAACACCGUGGCACCGGCUCGCACCCCUACACUCUUUACACCAUCAAAUAUGAGACAGCGAUGUGUUGCGAGACCCCAGGGAGCACCCAGCCGGACUGUGAGAGUCCAUUACCCAUUCAGCCGGUGGCCUAUCACAUGGUCAACAGACGAUACAGCGAGUUUCUUAACCUGCAAACACGUCUGGAAGAGAAAACAGAACUACGGAAACUCAUCAAAGGUGUGAAAGGUCCAAAGAAAAUAUUUCCAGACAUGCCAUUUGGAAACAUGGACAGUGACAAGAUAGAGGCCAGGAAAGGAUUGCUGGAGACCUUUCUAAAGCAACUGUGUGCCAUCCCUGAAAUAGCCAACAGUGAAGAGAUGCAGGAGUUUCUGGCUCUCAAUACAGAUGCCAGGAUUGCCUUCGUCAAGAAACCUUUUAUUGUGUCACGCAUUGACAAGAUUGUGGUGAAUGCCAUCGUGGACACCUUGAAGACAGCAUUUCCUCGUUCAGAACCUCAGAGCCCAACAGAGGAUAAUGAAGCAGAAGUGGAUGGAUUGAAAUUAAGAUCUGACAAGAAGAGCAAAUCGCGGCUGAAGUUCUCCAGUAAAAACAUCCCCUUUGUGAACGGCUCAGACAUAAGACCACCAGUUUUGUUCAGCUGGGAACAAACUAGCACUGUGUUUAACGGGAUGUCUAUGGGAGAUCUGAAAACCUUCAUCACUGAACAAGAGAAACUGGCCUUCAGACUUGAGCCAGAGAGAGGAGAUAGUCCAGUGGUAGGAAUAUUCAGAGGUGAACUGGAUGACAGCUUGAGAGGAAAGCAGAGUCAGGAACAUGCGGUCGCAGUAGCGGAGACGGCGCUGGCUGAGGUGGCUCUGAACAUCCUGUGUCUGCUGAUGAGGGAGCAGUGGAGCUGGCUGUGCACCGAAAAUGUUCAGAGGACCAUCAGGCUGCUGUUCGGGACCCUUAUUAACAGAUGGCUGGAUGUGAGUGUAGCCAACCUGACAUGUACCAGAUACUGGGUGGUGUACCUGCAGGUCAUCCAAGAGGCUGUGUGGCCAGGUGGAGCUCUGCCUACUGCCCCUCAACUUGAACGCAGCCAGCAGGAGAAGGACAACACCAAGCAACAAGCCUUACAUUGUCUGAUGAGACUUCUGCCAGAUCUGAUCUCAGAUAUGCUGGGCUCAGACAAGUACAAACUCAGCUGGCAGACUGCGCUGGACUCCCUUCAAGACCCCUACAUUAACAGACACCUGGUCUACUGCAUAUUUGACCUUUUGCUGGAGUUCCUGGUUCCUGAAAUACCUGAGCAGGACUUCCAGAGGAGCCUGCUGCAGAGCCUGUCCAAGAACCCAGAGAAGAUGCUGGCAUGAGGAAACACCUGUUGAACCCAGCUUUAAUUCUCCACCAUCCUUACAUGGUCAUUCAGCGCUGAAGAAUCGCUGCAAAUCAGUGCAACAGCGAGGCUGCUCCUGUUCUACUAAUGUUCUGCCAUCAGAGCGCAUGUGAAUGUUACUGGUGAGGCUGAAUAUUCUCUGUCCUGAGGUCACUCGGGCCUGUCUCUAAUUAGGUGAUGAUGUAUUGAUAUAUGAGGCUCUUGAACGUAGUGUGCUGCACACACACACACACACACACACACACACACACAAUACAUUCGAAGCAGCUUUGAUUACAUGAGAGCACCUGGUUUGUGUUUGAUCUUAGAACGUGUCUGAUGUGGCAAAGCCUCCUCCGAUCUCCACAUCCAGCCUCUUCCUGCUAGCUAAACUCCCCGGCUUUGACUAAACUCACUUCAGAUGGUCUUCACACUCUGCCCCCCCCCCCCCACACACACAGAGUCUCUGGGUAGAAAAACCCACACAUGCUCCUCUAAUCUGGAGAAGCAGGAUUGCCCCCCCCCCCAAAAAAAACCCCUAAACUUAAAUCUCAAGACGCUCUAUAGGGAUUUUAGCAUCACCUUUUCUGUUCUCUGUUGAGCCAUUCUUCAAUACCCCACUGACUCUGUAUAGAGCCACACGUGUGAUUCUGACAUAAUGUGAGCUAUACUUCCUAAAUCUGAGCCUUCCUUAGGGGAUCACAUGAGUCUGGUAAGGUUUUUUUCCCAACCUGAAGUAUCCAGGUGUAGGAAAAAUGCAUAGUGCACUGUGAUGAAGAGUCAUCCAUAAGAUAUUUUACUGGCUUCACAGAUACGUCACAGUUCUUUUAAGACACUCUUCAGAGAAUGAUCUGCACAGUUCAUGUCUGAAUAAUAGAAGAACUGGGCUCUACAAAAACACCUAUAUGAAGGGUGAAGAAAUGGUUCUGGCAUAAGUCCAUCCUAUAACUUAAUGUAGGCUUCCAAAUAUAACUUUCUGUCCAUCACUGAACUGCUGGAGUCUAUGCACAGUUCAAAUCAUUUAAUAGAUCUCUGAUAAUAAGCAGAAGGCUUAAAGGGUUGGUCCCCCCAAAUUAAAAUGAAACAUAUUUUCUCAAUUACUUUGACUUUUUACAUUACUACAGCUUUCCAUUUGCAGAGCUUUGGCUUUAUUUGAUCAGGUUUUUAGAUAUCUGUCUCUGAGAUUUGAACCAAAUUUGAUCAAAGAGUUUGGACCCAUGACGACUUUCACUGAACUCGUCAUGUUCCCUGUGGGUUAAUUGAACACAAAAUAUGCUUAAAGGGACUACUUAAUAAGUCAGCUUUUAUAAAGGUUUUAGAAGUUGUAACUUGUAAAACCUUUUAAAUUGUUUUUAUAUCUGAAUAAUAAUCAUAAACCAUUAAUAAGAAUAGCUUUUGGUUUAUUAGAAAGUUAAAAUGAUCUAUAAAACAUGAAUACACAUUUUAUAAGCAGUAAUAAAGCCAUUAGUUACAACUAAUAAAAUCUUUAUAAAGGGUGACUUGUCAUGGAGUUCAAUAACUGUCAUCCAUCAUCUUCUAGUCACCUUGGAAACCAUCUGAAGAGAGUUUCAGUUGUGUGAUCAUACUGUUUACGGUCACUUUAUACAUCAUUUUGAAGGUUUUUGCACUUUGAAAAAAAAAACUGCCUUAGCAUCUAAUUGCCUUUGUGGUGGUGACACAACUAUCAGCCCUCCAUUCCCUGUUAGGUAAAGACAGCAAGCAGGAAACGGUUGUAGUUUACAGAAAAUAUCCCAAGUAUGUUACAACACAGAUCUGUUUUGAUAUGUUGAUCACAGACAUCACGUGGAAUUCCGAUAUCUUAACACAGACUGUCUUAAAAUACUGUUCAGUUUAUCUUUGAUUGAAGCUGGCCAGACAAUGAUGUCAUUUAAAGUUAAUCUAACCUUUCCUGGCAACAUUUCCUCAUGAUGAUUAAAAUGUAGAUGUUGUAUUUGGAGUAUGAAACCACCUCCAAAUGGGUUAUAUUAAGGUAAACGUAUGCAUUAUUAUCCCAUUUAAAAAUACAUCAAAUAUCAAUUAUGUCUCUUGCGACCAUACCUGCUUAUUAAGACUUUAAGAAAUGUUACAUUCCAUUUGUUAAAAGAUGAAGUCAGAUCAGUUAAUGCUACAAUCAUUCCAGUGUAUUUAUGAACCUAUUUAUUUGAUGUGCUGAACAAUUAUCUGAAUUCCAUCCAUGAAAUAAUGAAAGCUGUGCCAGUGCUGACAGAGAGGACUGUGCUCUGUUACAAAGUGCUUUCUCCUUGAUUUUGCCUUACAAGGUGAUGGAAGUUUGACCUGCCUGACCUGCACUGAUGCAGCUGCUGUGGAGCCUCUGUAUAUGCCUUAGUAGAACAUAAGCACCCAGUCCAGUCACAGCUCUCUAUACUAAAAAAUUAUUAAUAUACAUGUUCUUUUUCUCUUGUCAAAUUGUGCUGAAUGUUGAAGCUGUUGCGGUUAUUGUGAAGAGAUUUUUUUUGUUGCUUGCUUAUACUAAUGAAGGAAUUAUUCGCACACAUUUAUUCACGUGUCAAAAAUAAAAGUUCACUAACACGUUCCUUUUUAUGUUUAACAAGAUUUUUCAUGUUGUAAUUAUGUAUUUAUUACUGCAAACCAUAUUCAAUGACAUACAAUAAGAAUCUUGUCCUGUUAUAACAAUAUCACUUUACCAACUUGACCAACAUUUCUAGCUAACAGUAAUAUGUUUUUAUCUAUAUGCAGGUAGGCCGGGGUGGAAAGGUGAUUUAAGUGUGUGGUACUCAACAUUAGAGACUUUAUAAGUCAUUCAGCAUUUCUUCAAUUGAUCUUUGGGAAAAAUAAAGCGUGUUUCUGGGGUUUACGUCUCCAUAUUUGAAGACACAUUGGCAUCUACUACAGCACUUUCUUUAAGAACUUGAAGUUAAACUUGCAUUAUAAAGAUGACCAUCACUCUCUAACAAUAAGGACUGAUCAGCAAAACAUACUGGAACCUUUUCUCAUUAUAACAACAUGACAGUUUACCAUGUUAUAUUUUAUCUGCCGUACUUAUCUGCAUAAGUAGAUGUUAGAAAAAAAUGCAUUGUGCUGUUUUGUCUUUGGACCUUUACAUAUUUAUGCCAAAUGUUAAUUACAAUAGAAACAUUUCAUAGACAGUUACAACAUAGACACUAAGGCUAUAUUAAGUCUUUUACAGUAAUUGUACAGUCCCACUAUUAACUGAAAUCCAAGUGUCUGUGAUCCCUGCACCUUUUUUUUCACCGUUUUGUCUUAUUUUCUAUCAGAUUCCUUGUCUGGUGACUUGUGAACAUGUGCAGUUGUAUUGUGUGUAUUAAUGCUGUGAAUCCAUCUAUCCAUUUGCUGGCACAGAUUGUGUUGCGGUCUUUACAACAGUCGCUGUUUGUUUCUGAGCAUAUUUGCAAAAAAAACAAAACAAUAAAGUUACCAAACAUGACUUAUUAAAU